AAAACAAGGCUUCUGUAGGACACUAUGAAGCAGGGUCUCCAAAGAGAGGCACAGGAAUGAUGCCAAAGAGAGGACUUGAAGUGUCAGCUUGUGAGAUUUUCCGUUUCUACAAACUGAUCCCAACUAAAAGCCUGAUUGAGCCCAUCUCCAUGAUUGUGCCUCGACGGUCGGAGUCAUACCAGGAAGACAUCUACCCCUUGACCACAGGAGCCCAGCCAGCACUGACAGCACAGGAGUGGCUGAACGGAGUUAACAAAGGGCCUCUCUUGGUAUCUUUGAGACCAGGCUCUGGAGCUGUGAAUGCCUCACCACAGUUUCUUGAGCCAGAGCCACUCAUGAAAACUACUGACCUAAGCCAGCAGCAGGGUCGAGGAGGAAGGAUGCUGCUGGAGGACAUGCAGAAGCCAAGUGACAUCGAAGACAGCAGAAAACAGCUGAAAGUGGAGGAGAAAUUGCCAAAAAAUGAGCAAAUGCGCCUCUCCAAUGGCUUUGACAUAUUUGAGUGUCCACCACCGAAAACUGAAAAUGAGCUCUUGCAGAUGUUUUACCGGCAACAGGAAGAAAUCCGUAGACUACGUGAGGUGGUAAACCAGAGGGAUGUCCAAAUUAAACAGCUGGAGCUGGAGCUCAGAAACCUCUGCAUGGACGCAGGCCGUUACUGA